AUGGAGAAGCAAGACGUUUCCUCGAGUUCAGCGUCCACCGACUCAUCGAAGCACCCCGACGACACCGACGAGAAGAAGCCGAGUGGGUUUGGAGGCUUUCUGAGAGUCUUCAGAUAUGGAGAACCAAUCGACUAUGUUCUCGAGACCAUUGGCAUUCUCGCCGCUGUUGGGUCCGGUGUGGCACUAGCAAUGAUGAACCUGAUCAUCGGCAAUUUGAUGGACAUCAUGAGUGACCCUUCAACAAUCUCCGCCAACCCUGACAAGUUUAUGGCGGCUGUGAGCAGGAAUGCGCUCUAUUUCGUCUACAUCGGCAUCGCCCGCUUCGCCACAACGUACAUCUACUCGGCUCUCUUCACCUACGUCGCCUUCAAGUUGACCCGCAACGUUCGACGGACCUACCUCCAAGCUGCCCUCAGCCAGGAAAUCAGUUUCUUCGACCACGGCACUGCUGGUUCCAUCGCCAUGCAAGCAACGACGAACGGAAAACUCAUCCAGUCUGGAAUUGCUGAGAAACUUGGCCUCUUCUUCUCUUCCGUCUCCACUUUCUUCGCUGCCUUCAUCAUCGCUUUUGUAAGCCAAUGGAAACUGACACUCAUUAUCAUCUGCAUCGUUCCGGCCAUUGUUCUUGUCAGUGGUGCCAUGGCGGCUAUCGACUCUGGCUUUGAAACCAAGAUCUUGCAGUCCAACGCACAAGCAGGAACCUACGCCGAGAGCGCCUUAGGAAGCAUUCGUGCUAUCAAAGCCUUCAGCUUGGAGUCUCGCAUCAUGCAGAAGUACAGCUCGUAUCUCGACCAAUCGCGGGUCAUCGGAAACAAGAAGAGUCCCAUCUAUGGUGUGAUGUUUGGCUGGCAGUACUUCGUUGUUUACGCAGGCAUGGCUUUGGCCUUUUGGCAGGGUAUUGCUAUGAUCGCGCGCAAGGAGGUGGACGGCAUCGGCACGGUUUUCACGGUCUUGUUUUCCGUUAUCAUCGCCUCGACUUCCAUCAACGGUGUAGCCCCUCACCUGAUGGCGUUCAGUCGUGCUGCUACCUCCGCUUCGGAACUUUUCACUUUGAUCGACAGAAAGUCCAAUAUCAAUCCGUUCGACGAAUCCGGCCAAGUCCCUCGCCAAGUUUCAGGGCAUAUUGACAUCAAAGGACUCACAUUUAGCUAUCCCACGCGACCGGACACCCGAGUUCUCGAGGACUAUUCUCUAAACAUCCCCGCUGGCAAGGUGACAGCUCUUGUGGGAUCAAGCGGCUCCGGGAAGAGUACCAUCAUCGGCCUCCUGGAGCGAUGGUACGAUCCUGCCUCCGGAUCCAUCAGCCUCGAUGGUAUCAACAUCCGUGACCUGAGCCUGGGUUGGUUGCGCACGACGAUGAGACUUGUUCAGCAGGAGCCUGUUCUCUUCAACGGUACCGUAUUCGAGAACAUUGUCAACGGCCUAGUCGGGACCCCUUUGGAGAAUGCCUCACGAGAGGAUCAACUUCAGCGCGUCAAGGAAGCGGCCAAGGUCGCGUUUGCCGACGAAUUCAUCAGUAACCUUCCCGAGGGAUACGAUACCCGAAUUGGCGAGAGGGGUGGACUGCUAUCCGGUGGCCAAAAGCAACGUAUCGCCAUUGCACGAAGCGUUAUCUCCGAGCCCAAAAUACUCCUACUUGACGAAGCAACAAGCGCGCUGGACCCUCAUGCCGAAGGAAUUGUGCAACAAGCUUUGGACAGCGCUUCCAAGAACCGGACUACCGUUGUUAUUGCCCACAAACUUGCAACCAUCCGAAACGCAGACAACAUUGUGGUGAUGAACAAGGGCAAGAUCGUGGAGCAAGGAAAGCAUGAUGAGCUAGUUGCACUAGGUGGGAACUACGCCAAGCUGGUGAAGGCGCAAGAUCUGUCUGUCAAGGAGAAGGGGAGCACCGACGAGAGUUCCGAAGACGACUCGACUGAGGCAGCUGAGCCCGUUCAAUCCCUCGCCAAGUAUGACACCGAGGCUGCGCAACGACUCGUCUCGUUCAAAGACAAGGAGGACUUCAAGCUUUACAAGCAGACCAAUCUUGUGCACACUAUCGUCAAGCUCAUCCGUUCUACAUCUGAGAUUAAGAUGUGGUACUGCAGUGCCUUCGUCGUCUGUGUUCUCGGAGCUGCUGUCUACCCCGGACAGACUCUUCUUCUGUCCCAGGUCAUGGAUGUGUUUACCUCUUCCGACAUGGUCAAGCGCGGCAACUUUAUCGCUCUGAUGUACUUCGUCAUGUCCAUAGGUACUCUAACUGUCUACUACAUCAUGGGCUGGACAACGAACGUGAUUGCUCAGACUCUCAGCCAGAAGGUUCGCAAGGGUCUCCUUAACGGAAUGCUAAGACAAGACCUUCGUUUCUUCGAUCGAGCUGAGAACACAGUUGGCGCCCUCAACAGCCGAAUCGAUUCCAUGGCACAAGCGAUUCUAGAACUGAUGGGAUUCAACGUCGCUCUCGCCUUCCUGUCUUUUGUCAAUGUCGUCGCUAGCAGUAUCCUGGCGAUCGCAGUGUCUUGGAAGCUUGGUCUUGUCGGUGUUUUCGCAGGCAUGCCACCUCUCCUUGGAGCAGGCUUCGCCCGUAUUCGUAUCGAAACGAAGCUCGACGCCGAGGUCGACGCGAAGUUCUCAACAAGUGCCUCUUUGGCAUCCGAGACCGUCAACGCAAUACGCACGGUCUCCUCUCUUGCUAUCGAGAAGAGCGUGAUUCAACGAUAUACGAAUGAGCUCGACAACGCCAUCUCAAGCUCGACUCUUCCGCUUUUCAACAUGAUGAUCUGGUUCGCCCUUACUCAAUCCAUCGAGUUUUUCAUUCUCGCCCUAGGAUUCUGGUGGGGAUCACGUCUUGUUUCGGACGGCGAGAUCAAUUUCUCCCAAUUCAUCAUCUCCUUCAUGGGUGUUUUCUUCUCCGGUCAGGCUGCGGGCAUGAUAUUCAGUUUCUCCAGCAGUUUCACCAAGGCAAAUUCCGCUGCCAACUAUUACUUCUGGCUGAUGGGUCUCGAGCCCACGAUUCAAGACACCCAAGAAAACGGUGACAAGGGCCCUCCUGAUGGUUGCAGCUCUUAUGGCUUCGACAAUGUCCAGUUUUCAUACCCCUUAGCCCCGGACACCAGGGUACUCAAGGGCGUUACUUUGAAAAUCGAUCGCGGCCAGUUUGUUGCUUUUGUCGGCGCCUCAGGUUGCGGCAAGAGCACAAUGAUUUCCCUUCUCCAACGAUUCUACGAUCCUACAAGCGGCACGAUCAUCAUUGAUGACUCUACACCCCUCACAGCGAUCAGUCCUCGCCUUUAUCGCAACAAGCUAGCUCUUGUCCAGCAAGAGCCCACCCUCUUCCCAGGCAGCAUCCGCGAGAACAUCGCGGCAGGAAUCGACCUCCCAACAGAGGCUUCCGACGCUUCUGACGAGAAGGCGGUUCUGGUGGAUGACAUCGUGAUUGAAGCAGCAUGCCGCGCAGCCAACGCGUGGGACUUUGUCAGCUCUCUUCCCGAAGGCCUCAACACUCCCUGUGGACAGGGUGGAAACCAACUUUCCGGCGGUCAGAGACAGCGUAUCGCCAUUGCUAGGGCCUUGGUUCGCGACCCCAGUGUCAUUCUACUGGACGAGGCCACCAGUGCACUCGACACCGAAUCGGAGAAGGUCGUCCAGAAAGCUCUUAUGGAAGCCGCAGCUACGGGCGAUCGCAUCACCAUCGCCGUGGCGCACCGCCUCUCCACGAUCCGCGACGCAAACAGGAUCUGCGUCUUCUACGGCGGCCGCAUCGUCGAAACAGGAACCCACAAUGAACUUAUCGAGCAAGGCGGGAUGUACAAAAAGAUGUGCGAGGCGCAGAGUCUGGAUAGAGCUGCGUAG